AUGGAAGAAGCAGUAAGUGAAUUUAGUCCUCAACUAAAAGUGUUAUCUUCGUAUGUAUUUUAUCAAAAAUUGAUAAACCAGAAAAAUGAAAAUAAUAUUAGCGAUUUGUGUAAAGAUGUAUUGAACAUAUACACUAAUGAUCAAGGAUUGGAUUAUAAGUUUUGUGGACAACUUAUAAAAAAUAUUGAAAUGCUACGAAAUGACAAUGAUGAUUUUUUUCGUAAGAAGCAUUGUUUGGAUGUAAAUUAUUGGCUUUUCUCGGAAGUAUAUAAAAAUCUUGAGGGUAAUACAGAGAUGAAUGAUUUUGACAAAAUUUUUAAUAUGUUUGUAAGAAUAUGGCAAAUCAUUUUAGCUGAUUGUUAUAGUGUAAGGAUGGACAAGGAGAGAUGCUACCCAUUUAAGAAUUUAUUUAAGGGAAAUUUUUUAAAAUAUUUGAUACAAGUGAAGAAUUUUUUCGAUUAUAUUCAAAAUUAUAAUAUUAUAAGAAAUAAGAUUAAUAAGAAUACAUAUUAUGCAUGUCAAAAGUAUUCGAAUUAUCUUAAAGACAGGUUAUCUUUAUUUUUCUCCUUUGAACCAUUAUGUAAAAAACAAGAAAGUUAUAUUUUUACAGAUCACUUUUACUCAUAUUAUCACUUACUUGAUCCAAGAAAUAUAUUCACAUGGUAUAAAUUAUUUAAAAUAUAUAUUCAAUCAUUUUGGAAUGGGUGUUAUAAGAAUAUAUUAAAUAAGAAUGAAAAAUCAGCAAAGAGGGUUGAUCAGGUGAUUCAUGGCAGAGAACAGGGCACACAAAUCAAUGUGUCAAUGACAAAUGCAACAGUACCAUCGAGAGAAAUCCCCAAGGAAAUAAAUAAAAACCAUGGAAAUUUAUCAGAUUUUGUAAAUGAACAAGGUUUUUCAAUAAGUAAAAUUGCCUUUUAUGUCUUUUUUUUGUGUUAG